AUUUCCGCAUUAGCCAAUUUCGAAGGCACCUCAAGCUUGCUCAAGAGUAUUUGCUUCAUUUAGAACAUUCGGACCCACAAUACAUUCUACCUCCGUCAGAAGAUCCCAUUAAUCAACUCCUAUCAGUCCUCGACGAGAGUUCUACGGACGAGCGACGAAGCCGUUCUUACUGCUGUUCCGAGAAAUACUCCCCUUAUAUGCAAACAGCUUUACAUUCUCAAGGACAGUUUAUCUCCCAAGAAAGGUAGGUACACCGUAUAGUUGGUAGGAGAUGAGCUGGUUCUAGUCCCAAUGGAUGCUCCUGUAGACUGCGCUCUUGUUAGUGUUCUACUGGCUAUCGCCAAAAAGCUCGACCGCUCUGUAUUCCCCGUAUAUCGUCCAAUUCAUAUCUAUGUUCCGCCGAGGGAUGACGCCGUGGUCCUGCGAACACGAACCUCUCGCCUCCUUGGUAUGGUUGAAGAAGAAUGGAAAUCGAGAAUAGCUGGUUUCCUGUUGACAUACAUCGAUUGCGGCUAUAAGACACUGUUCUGCGCUGGGCGGGACCCGGAAUCAGGCCUCGCUACGCGAAAGAAAUGGGCGCAGCAAAUAGCGCAUUCGGCUCACGAACUUCAUACGCACUAGAUCUUGUAAGUUGACGCGAAGCUAAUAGUAUU